CUGUGAUGGUCACGUGACUGUAGCAGUGUGCGGUGAGUCGAGUAGUCUGCUUCAGUGUAACAUCACUAGCUAGCAGAUACAAACACGAUGGAUUUUAACGUAAAGAAAUUAGCCUCCGGUGCUGGAGUGUUUUUCACGCGAGCUGUCCAGUUCACAGAGGAGAAGUUGGGCCAGGCGGAGAAGACUGAGUUGGACGCUCACUUUGAGAACCUGAUGAGCCGCGCAGACUGCACCAAACACUGGACUGAGAAAAUAUACAGACAGACUGAGGUCCUGCUGCAGCCCAACCCAAGUGCCAGAAUUGAAGAGUUUCUCUAUGAAAAAUUGGACAGGAAGGCACCAUCAAGAAUUACCAAUGGGGAGUUGCUUGGUCAAUAUAUGCAGGAUGCAGCAAAGGAAUUUGGUCCUGGAACUCCAUAUGGGAGUACUUUGAUUGAGGUGGGGGAAUGCGAGAGAAGAUUAGGAGGAGUAGAGAGGGAGUUCCUUCAGACGUCAGCCAUCAGCUUUCUUACACCACUUAGGAACUUCCUGGAAGGAGACUGGAGGACCAUUUCUAAAGAACGGCGUCUUCUGGAAAAUCUUCGCUUGGAUCUGGAUGCUUGUAAAACACGUCUGAAGAAGGCCAAGGUUGCUGAGGCUAAGGCUGCGAUGGCUCCAGAUUUUCAGGAAACCAGACCCCGCAACUAUGUGCUCUCUGCCAGUGCCUCUGCGCUCUGGAGUGAGGAAGUGGAAAAAGCUGAACAUGAGCUCCGAGUGGCCCAAACAGAGUUUGACCGCCAAGCAGAGGUUACACGCCUGCUUUUGGAAGGCAUCAGUAGUACACAUGUGAACCACUUGCGCUGCCUGCAUGAGUUUGUGGAGGCCCAAGCAGCGUACUAUAAGCAGUGUAAUUUUCACAUGCAAGAACUACAGAAAGAGCUGGGAAGGCUUCCCAAUGCAUUUGCACUAAACUCCACUCAGUCCAUUGCUACUGCCGGCUCUGCAUCAGAAGGCAUCAGUAGCCCUGUGGAGACAGACACUCUGAAGAUUGAGGAAGUUCAGGCACCAGCUACAGGAACCCGCAAGGCCAAAGUCCUUUACGAUUAUGAUGCUGCUGACUCCAGUGAGCUCUCCCUUUUAGCCGAUGAGCUCAUCACAGUUUACACAGUUCCGGGAAUGGACUCUGAUUGGCUGAUUGGCGAGAGAGGAAACCUGAAAGGAAAAGUGCCUGUCACAUACUUGGAGCUUCUCAGCUAAAGAACACACACGUGCAUGUGCAUGUGUGAGUACUACUGAAGCCAUGAGAAUAUUUCAAUCACUUCAUUCAAUUUCACACUCCUACACUAACCCUUAACCUUUCAUAGCAGUCCACCACAGUAAGCAUUAGCAAGUGUUAAGUUAAACACACACAGUCAUCCGUGUGUUUCUCAGAACACACUGAAGUAAAUGUAAAUCACAUGACAGCGACAUAGUGAUGACGGAGACAUUGUUACAAAUAGUUCAGGAAACACCCCAUGGGGGAUGGUUGACAUUCUUUUUAGAUAGGAUUGGUGGAUCAUUAUGAUGACGUUUUCUUUUACUAUUUAUUACCAUAUUUAUUAUUGUGCAUCCCUAUGGUUCAGGUAGACCUUCCACACUGUCUUCAGAGGGAUUUCCAUCGAAAAUAUGUUUUUGAUUUGUUUUUUGUUUUUGUGUGUGUGUCUUUAUUGUCUCUUAAAGCUGUUAGAGUUUGUCUUGAGAGGGCAGCAUUAUGGAUAAAACAAGCAUGCAAUAACCACAUCUUGUUGAGUUUUGCAGUGUAAUGGAUGAUGACGACAAGACUUGUUCUUCAAUUAUGUCAGUUAAAUCAGUUUCAUACAUCUCUGUAUGAAAGACACUCCCCAUUGAAGAAGAGGAAGUGAAAACAAACCAGCGCAAACACAACAGUGUCAACUCUGACACCACAUCAGGACAGAUGCGUCAUUAUGUUGUGUUGACGCAUGACAUUUCCUCUUAUUCCCAGAUUUAUUUCAUUUCCAUAAAUAUGAAAGAUGUGCUGCUUCUUAGUUUCGUUGCAGAAAUGUGUUCUGUUCUUCCCCUUUCUUCCAGUUCGACAUGAACAGAAUUGCAUUUCUUGUAUGCUGUGUCUUGUUUUAAUCCACUUACAAUAUACAACAAUAUGACAAACAAUAGCUCAUGGACAAUGACUUUACAACGGCAAAUAAAGUUGUUUUUCAUGGGCUCACUCUUGGGAAGCAGAUUUGCCUUAACUGCUAAUUGAAAUGAAUGUAAUUUAUGUGUUAUUUAAAGCAACAAUUGCAUUUUGUGGGCAGAUAGAUGGAGCAUUGCUAGCAACAGUUUUUAUUGAUUGAGUCAUGCCAGUCACUUUUUUUGAUCAGGUUCUUUGCCUUUCACACCUUUCCACUGCACUGUCCCUCUGAACAAAAUGACCACCUGAUCAGCAAAUAAACAUGAACACUCCCAUCCUAACUGCCUUAAGAUGAUGGGAAGGAACUGCUUAGGCCAUCUGCUGCAAAACAGAGAAUGUGCUCUUCACAUUAAAAUGUCCAGAGACUUAAUGUGCACCACAUACAGCAUGCAAGACAGCAACUCCUUUUACUCCUGUGUGUGUGUUUGUGUGAUUUUGAUUCGCCCUUUUUUGAAUUUGCAAAGUUCCUGUCUGUUGCUUUUUUGUCCCUUAAUACUUCGGUCAGUGUCUUCAGUCUUAGUGCUGCAUGUGCUACAGCUAGUAGCCUGUCCUGCUGGACAUAUGCGUGUGUAUUCGAGUAUGUAGCCAAGUCUGUUUGCGUGAGAACUGGAGCACCACAGUGUUUGCACAGAAACUAAUGUGCUCUCUCACAUCCUGUAUGUGUACAUGCAUGCACUCAGUCUUUCUUUUUUUUUUUUUUACCAGCCUCAGUUUUUGUGAAAUGAGCACAAUGUUUGAAAAUGCAAAAAAACCUGACAGCAGAGAAGAAGUGAAAAAACUUGACACUUGGCAGACGAAUGUAAUCCACAUCUUGUGUCAUGCUGUCUACUCCUGCUCAUUUCACAAAUUCUGGAGGAAUUCUUGUUUUCAGAUAAUGUUUUUUACUGUUGUGAUUCUGUUUACCUCAUCUGGUAUUAUUAUUAAUAAUUAUUAUUAUAUAUUUUUGUCAAAUGUGGCAUUGCCUGUUCCUUAACCCUGCUGAACGAAUGAAAUGUAUGGGAUUUAAUAAAAAGUAAGAUUUAUUUGAA